ACUAUAGGAAGGGGAAGAUUCGAUAACCAAUUGGCAGACAUUGGGGCAGUACUUUGUGCAGUUAACGAUUUUAUCUGGAGACCCACCCUCUCGGAUCAAUGAUCGUUUAUAACACCCAGCUGCAGUUCGGGAAUCGCAGACAGCUGCUUAGCCUAUUGCUGUAUAGAUCGCAGAAAGGAGCGGUGCUUAGGUUGGUAUUAGUUACUCGGUUGUAAUCUGCUAUGGAGGGCAAAGUGAACCAACCCAUGAUCGAGCGAGAACUUGACCGUUUCCGAGGGCCACACAGUAGCGAUGAUGUACCCUCGACCGUGGUGACUAUUGGAACCGGUACUGCGCCGAUCAGUGACCACGUUCUCUGGUCUCUUUUCAACUUCGUUCACUGUAACUUCUGUUGCCUUGGCUUUCUGGCUUUGGUCUUUUCAGUUAAGUCUAGAGAUCGUAAAACUGUGGGAGAUGUAGCUACAGCUGAACACUACAGCUCAACAUCCAAAUCGCUGAAUAUAGCCACAACAUCUCUGUCCAUCCUUACUUUUGUGAUUUUGUUCGGACUGCUGGUUGCUGGUGUGAUCCAGAUUCCCCGUUACUGAGGACCAAACUCUAUUCAAGGAUGAACAUUACAAAUCACUGAUGCAUAACAAAUGAUUGAUCUUCUGUCAUUGUAGUGUUUGAAGUAUUUUUAACAGACCUCUCUGUAAUGAAUACUUUGAAAUAUUAUACAAUAAACUACAGUGCUUUGGUGUGGCAA